AUGUCUUCCGGCGGGAACCAGAACAACCCCAGUUUCUUGGGCGGUGUUGGCGAGGCCAUCGGCAAGACAGCCAGCGGCGCCACCAGUACAGUCGGAUAUACUGUGAGCGGCCUUGGGGGUGCUGCAGGAGGUGCUGCAUCAGGGAUUGGCCAAACAGUCGGUGGUGCCAGUGAGGGACUUGGAAACGCUGCCAAGGGACUAGGACAGUCCGUCAACAAGACUGUGGGUGGUGAAGAGCCGAAAAAGGGAUCAGACCAAUAA